GACAGACAGAUCCCACCGAAAUAAAUUACUAACAAAUUCACUACACCCCAUCUUCAUAAAAACCCACAGAAUUCACCAAUCUUUUUUGUUGUUUCAUUUAUUUUUAUUUAUAAUAAUUUUUUUGAGCUAUAAUUGCUUGUUGAGAAGAAGAAGAAGAAGAGGGCUGACUCCUCUUUUAGAAUUAGAAAAAGAUGCUUGGUGUUUCUUCAAGUUUAAUAGCUAGCAGUACUAUUACUGCUACAGGUGAUGGAGCUGCCGUUUCGGCAGCUCCAUCACAGCUACCACUGCCACUGCCACCGCCACCACAAGAAGCUCCGGAAAGUGGAGGAAGUAGUGAAGGUGGUGGCGGUGGAGGAGAUUUGUCAAUUGGCGGUGAAGAUGGUGAAAGGAAUUCAGGUGGAAAUCGGUGGCCGAGGCAAGAAACUUUAGCUUUACUGAAAAUUAGAUCGGAAAUGGAUGUUGUUUUCAAGGAUUCAAGUCUUAAAGGACCGUUAUGGGAAGAAGUUUCCAGGAAAUUGGCGGACUUGGGUUAUCAUCGAAGUGCCAAGAAAUGUAAAGAGAAAUUUGAAAAUGUUUACAAGUAUCACAGGAGAACGAAAGAAGGCCGUGCUUCGAAAGCAGAUGGAAAAACUUAUCGUUUCUUUGAUCAGUUACAGGCUUUGGAAAACAAUCCCUCUUCUCAUUCUAAUUUACCGCCACCUCCAUUAGCAGCAACACCGAUAACAAUGGCAAUGCCAAUGCGAUCAGGAAAUAAUUCAGUAAAUCCUCCAAUGCCAACGCCAACGCCACAAAAUCAUAAUCAUAAUCAUUCUUUUGUUGUUUCUCAGAAUACUGUUGUGACAGUAGCAGCGCAGCCUGCUGUUAGUCAUGUUAUGACAACUCCACCUGCGCUGCCACUGUCACAACCACUACAGCCGAUAGCUAAUAACUUGAACCAGAUGAAUCGGCCUCAAGGUAAUACUAUUACCACAAGUUUUCUGUCGAAUUCAACUUCAUCUUCUUCAACUUCGUCAGAUGAGGAUAUACAAAGGAGGCACACGAAGAAGCGGAAAUGGAAGGUAUUCUUUGAGAGUUUGAUGAAGGAUGUGAUUGAAAAGCAAGAGGAAUUGCAGAAGAAGUUUUUGGAAACGCUUGAGAAGCGCGAGAGGGACAGGCUGAUGAGAGAGGAGACAUGGAGAGUACAAGAAAUGGCUAGAUUGAAUCGGGAACAUGAUCUUUUAGUCCAAGAAAGAUCAAUGGCAGCAGCAAAAGACGCAACAAUCAUCGCCUUCUUGCAAAAAAUAACUGAACAGCAAAACGCACCAAUCCCGAAUAGUACUAAUAAUACUUCUCCUUCUCCUUUUCCACUUGCUCAAAUUCAAUUAAAAUUGUCCGAAAAGCCAUUCAGUGCACCACCACAACCACAACCACCAGCUAUCGCGGUAUCACUACCAAUGACAAUACAUACCCCAGCACCAGCACCAGCACCAGCAUCAACACCAGCACUGCCACAGGCACUGACAUUACCUGUGGUGUCUGCAAAAUCAUUUGAACCUCCAAAAUCCGAUAAUGGUGGCGAGAAUUUCUCUCCAGUAAGCUCAUCAAGAUGGCCAAAAGAAGAAAUCGAAGCAUUGAUCAGCCUCCGAACCUGCCUAGAUCUAAAAUACCAAGAAAAUGGACCAAAAGGACCACUCUGGGAAGAAAUUUCAUCUGGAAUGCGAAAGAUAGGAUACAAUAGAAAUGCAAAGAGAUGCAAGGAAAAAUGGGAGAACAUCAACAAGUACUUCAAGAAGGUAAAAGAAAGCAACAAAAAAAGACCAGAAGAUUCCAAAACUUGCCCAUAUUUCCACCAGCUGGAAGCACUCUACAAAGAAAAAGCCAAGCACGAAGUUGUUCCACAUAAUCCUCUCACUCCUCCUCCCAUCAUGGCUCAACCCGAGCAACAAUGGCCAAUUCCUCAAAAUCAACCUCAUCAGCAGCAACAACAACAACAACAACAAAAUCGUGAUCAUCAUCACGAUAAUGAAAGUGACAGCAUGGAUCAGAACGAAGACGAAGACGAUUUGGAAGAAGAAGAGGACGAAGAAGACGAAGGUAAUGGUUAUGAAAUGGUCACAAACAAACAACAACCAUCAUCAAUGGCGGCUGCCACGGUAACAACAACAGCAACUACUGCUGCAGUUUAAAAUUAUAAGCACAAAAAUAAAAUUGAGAACAACAUAAGCAGUACUGCACUGCAAUAGCAUCAAGUGACUGUGCAUUGGGAAUGGCAAGUGGGGCAACAGAUUGUGCAGAGAUUUGUCGUAUUCAGAAAUUCUUGUUGGCGAGAGAAGACGGUGACUGCAGUAAAAAAAAAAAUCAUUUGGAAAUUAAUGCAAAGGCAUUUAAGUUUACACAUGUUUUUUUUUUUGUUUGGUAAAGGGGUAUAGCUGUUAAUUUUUAUUUUUAUUUUUGUGGUAAAAGUACAUUUUCAUUUUCAUUAUUUAUUUAUUAUUUGAAAUUUGAAAAAAAAUAAAGUUUUAUUGAGGAAUGGGAGGGGUAGAGAAAAGAGGCAUAUUAUAAAAGAAUAAAUGCAGGGAUAAUGUAAUUUGUACUCU